UGUCGGAUGUCAUGGCGAUGGCGGCGUGGUACCACCGUGACAUCACCCGUGUGCAUGCAGAGGACCUGUUGGCUCGGGCUGGAAGGGACGGCAGCUUCCUUGUCAGGGACAGUGAGUCUGUGCCUGGAGCCUACGCCCUCUGUCUGCUGUUCCAACGGCACGUUCACACUUAUCGUAUUCUUCCUGAUGUAGAUGGCCUAUUAGCUGUUCAGACUUCUCAGGGGGUGCAGGUGAACUAUUUCCGUACACUGGGGGACCUGGUGUUGGGGUACCAACACCCCCAUAAGGGUCUGGUCACCCCUCUGCUGUACCCUGUGGGGAGGGACAUGGAGCCUGGGGAUGAGAGCUCAGGUGAUGAUGAGAAGCCAGGGCUGGUGUGGAGUCCCAGCCCAUUCCCAGUCUCGGUCAGUAUAGCUCCCCCCGCUGGACUCCCAGUGACCCCGUCCCCACACCUCCUCUUCCUCCACAGGCUACAGGAGCUCAACACAUCCAGCAUGGCAGGUGAGGUGGUUGGGCUGCUCAGUGAGUAUCUGCGCAGUGAGCUGCCUCUGGAUGUCGAGGGUCUACGUAGAGGAGCAACAGGCCUACGCCAUCUACACCAAACCCUGGGCACCGCAUGCCAGGGGCUCAACAGUGAGAUUGACCUGAUCAUGUCCAGUUUGGAGACGCUGGCCAAAGUGUUUGACCAUCCCAUCUGCCCUUUAACCUCCGCCAAGCCACAGAACAUGGGUAGAGGUCCAGACAUGGAGUUGGACAGCCUGCUGUGUAAGAUCUCUGUCCUGGUCAGCCUGCUCUCCUCCCUGGAGAAGAGGGUGCUGAAAGCUCUUCAAGAUGCUGUGACCAAUCACAACCUGGCUGUGCAGCCUGCCCCUCCACCUGAGCCCGCUCUUGCUCCCAAGAACCAUUCCAGGCCCUUACCUGUCCACUCCUUUCAGAUUAAGAUGGUGCGUUACGGCAGACAGACAGUGUCAUUGGAUGUGGACACAGGAGUGCUGCUGUUUGACAGGAAGGCCGGGUCAUUUGGAGUGGAGACGGUCUCACAUGAACGGAUUCUGCAGCUAGUCAAGUUCCAGAGCAGCCCAGCCAAGCUGCGCAUGGUCGUGGACAGUCAUCACAACAACCCACGGGAGCUCAUGUUUGAGAGUGCAAGGAAACGGGAGGCGUUCUGCCAGCUGCUACAGCUGAUGAAGACCAGGCACUCCCGUCUGAGUGAACCUGACGUCAUUUCUGUGUUUGUGGGCAGCUGGAACAUGGGUGGCUCCCCUCCCCCUCGCAGUCUGCAGUCCUGGGUGACGUGUUGUGGUCUGGGUCGAACCCCAGAUGAGUCCACAGCUCUGCUGCCUCAUGACAUCUACGCCCUGGGUACCCAGGAGAACUCUCAGGGGGAGAAGGAGUGGACCGAGCACGUCAAGGCUACCCUACACAGCUACACUCACAUAGAGUACAAACAGGUGGCAGUACAGUCCCUGUGGAACAUGAGGCUGGCAGUGUUUGUGAAGCCAGAGCACGAGAGUCGCAUCAGCCAUGUGAACACAGCCAGUGUGAAGACUGGCCUGGGGAACACACUGGGAAAUAAGGGUGCUGUUGGGGUCUCCUUCCUCUUCAACAGUACCUCUUUUGGGUUUGUUAACUGCCAUCUGACCUCUGGCAGUGAGAAAGUAGUCAGGAGGAACCAGAACUUUGCCGACAUCCUCAGGCUGUUGUCCCUGGGUGACCGGCAGCUCAGUGCCUUUGACGUGAGCCUGCGCUUCACACAUCUCUUCUGGUGUGGAGACCUCAACUACAGACUGGACCUGGAUGUACAGGACAUUCUUAAACAUGUGUCCAAGCGGGAGUUUGAUGAGCUCAUGUGUGCUGAUCAGCUAACACAAGAACGACACAAGAGAAAGGCCUUUCUCAAUUUCAAGGAAGAGAAGAUUGUGUUUCCGCCCACCUAUCGGUACGAGAGGGGGUCCAGGGACAGCUACCUGUGGCAGAAGUACAAGACCUCUGGCGUGCGUGUCAAUGUGCCGUCAUGGUGUGACCGGAUUCUGUGGAAGUCCUACUCAGAGACACAUAUCACCUGCAACUCCUAUGGUUGUACAGAUGACAUGUUCACCAGUGACCACUCGCCUGUUUUCGCCACGUUCCAUAUAGGGGUGACAUCAAAGUUCAAAACAGAGCCAAGCUUGAGCAUGGAGAGGGCCUGGAUAGAGUUGGAGGGCAUCGAGGCUAUUGUGAAGACAGCCGGCAAAGCCAAGUUCUUCAUUGAGUUUCACUCAUCCUGCCUUGACGAGAUCCGCCGUUCCAUAGAGAAUGACUCACAGAGCUGUGACGUGCCUUGCUUCCUGAAACUGGGCUGGUCUUCCAAGCAGCUGCCCAAGCUUCUCCCGAUCGUCUCUGACAUGGAGUACCUUCAGGAUCAGCACCUCCUGCUGUGCGUCAAGUCAUGUGAUGGGUUUGAGUCAUACGGUGAGUGCUGUGUGGCGCUGCGCUCCCUCAUCGGCGCGGCGGAGCAGUUUGAGACGUUUCUGACCCACCGGGGCGAGGAGAUGGGCUCCAUACGUGGGCAGGUCAGGGUCCACGUGCCCAAGGACCGGCGAAGAACACGUGAGAAGAUCUACGAGUGGUUCUGCUUCGAGAAGGACGAGAAGGGUCUGGUGAGGGGACACUUGUCUCCUCAGUCCACUCAGGCACCUAUCAGCCGAUCCUCACCCCCUCCACCCAAGCCAGCCCCUAGCAGUUACACAAACCCCGCUUACUUCAUAUUUGAAGGUGUGUCUGUCCUGCGCAGGGUGGAGGAGGCUACACCCCCUCGUAGGGACCUCCAAGUGGUCUGGGCCGGCGACUCAGCGCUGCAGCUCCCAAAGCUCUCUGGGGGGCGUGGCUAUGACAGGAAGUCCGCUCGCAGGUCGGACUUCACUGAAAUCGAGAUUCCAGGCAUCCUGCCCCACUACUCCUCCUCCAAUGACCAUCAUCCUCCCCAGGCCAACUCCUCCUAUCAGCUCUUCCCAGCAAAAAACCCAUCGCCAAUCCCCCCUGCCGCAAACCCCACCACCACCUCUCACUAUCAUGAACAGCCCAUACAACCACAACCAAGCAAAAACAAUGUUGUCCAGGACGCCAUCCUGCCUCCCAAGUACCUGAGGAACAUGUACACGGACCACUCCGCUGUCAUCAGAGAGACCCCCAGGAGAGAACAGCCUAGGGUGCACCAACAGGAACGAGCCAGCCCUGUAAGGAGCAGCAAACCCACCUCCCUCUACCCCUAUGUGUCCACCCACGUGCCCCACGUCCAGGCCUCAGCCCCCUGGGUGGCGGAGCAGCCAGUUGAACCCCUAGGGGACCACUCCCUCACAGCCCUGCAGAUUGCCAAGUCACUAAGUGAGGUGGACUUCUUCCCUGUGGACCUCAGGGCUCCAUCCACACCAGGCCAGAGACCGGCCCAGAGGAAUGACCUGGCCAUGUCUACCGAGAGAGGCUACUGCUGGGAGAAAGAGGUGGGUGACUAGACACAAUAUGUCCUCCGUGGGGCUCCAGAGACUGUGCGGGAGCUACUCAGCACCCUGGGUCUGCAGAAUUACACCCUGGGACUCAGCCUCAAUGGCUGGGACGACCUGGACUACUUCAGUGGCAUCACAGAGGAGGACCUGCGUGCAGCCGGAGUGUCAAACCCCUCGCAUCGCCGGAGGAUCCUGAAGAACCUACCCAGGAUCUGGGAUUCACUAUAGACCUACUUACGUUGUUUGAGUUCUCAAACUGAAGCCGAUGGACAUCAGUGACAGAUGCCUGCCAUAAUGGAAUACAAGUCGCCUCUUCUCCACGCCAUCAUUUUAUUUACAGUAACAACGAGUUGCUUUUAUGCGAACACACAAAAGACGCAAUGCAUGUCCCAUGAAAUCCUCAUCUCAUAUCCCUUACCAUUCACGUGUACACCUUCAAAUGAGAGAUGUGGACUCAAGUCACUGUCAAACAUUUUAUAUCCAAUUUAGAUCCACAUAGCUAAAUAUUGAUUAUGCGUCUCCUCAGCAGUCACCAGAAUGUAGUGUUUACUGAGCACUCACACCCAUGACCUCUUCCCCUGCUCGUUCCACUCCUCUACCGAUAUAGAGAACAGCACAGAGCUUGUUAAAGCACUCAAUAAAGGCCAUGGAGGGGGAAAUAUAUAGCUGUACAUAUUUGCCAGUCCACGUUUUAACAUGGCCUGUAAAGUUAAUAUUAAAACUGCCUGGUUUGCUGUCUGAUGGUAGCAUUAUGUUGUAACCGGGGUGUAGUUCUUCUUAGUGAUAAGAGGAGAAUCCAUUGGGAGGAAUUAGUGAACCCUGGGCUAGUUUAUUUACAUUCUGCCCAUUACUCCUACAUUGUAUAUCCUGUUUCUCUAUCUGGUUAUCUCUCUCUUAGACCAUAACUCUUGUGUGCUCUUCAAGGGCCACACACCCAUUUAACAUGUGUUUCUGUGCACUGUACCAUCUUUUUUUUUGACUGCCUUUUCAAACAGAAUUGUAUAAAAGGAACUGUUGACUGAGUGACAGAUAGUGUGGGUUCUUGGACAUUGC